ACUUUGCUGCCAAAUCAAUUUAUUCUACAAAAUUCAAAUUGAAUUUUAAUCAUAAAAUUUUUUUGUUGUAUAUAAAAGUUCGAAUUUACUGAUUUAAAAUGUUGCCAAAUCAUUAUUUGAUUAUCAAAUUAUUCCACCAUAUUGUGGCCAUUCUUAUUUUCCAAAUAAUUUUACAUUCAUCAUCAAUUGAAGCGGAAAAUCAUAAUUUUGAAUUGAAUGCCGAAAAUCUUGGCACUGCAUUUGAAUUUAAAAUUCAUAUUGAUGCCGGUAAAGAAGACUGUUUCUAUCAAUACAUUGAACAAGGAUCAUCAUUAUAUAUUGCUUUUCAGGUAAUGAGAGGCGGUGACAGUAUGGCUGGUUUCUAUGUAAAUGGACCAAAAGGUGAAACAAUUAUGCCAUAUCAAUGGAAACAACAUGCCGAAAUUGAUGAUAGUACUGUUCCACAAUCCGGAUAUUAUAGUCUAUGUAUCGAUAAUAAACCAUCUAGUUUUCAAUCAAAAUUAGUCAGCUUAUAUUUGGCAUCAUUAAAACGUGAUGAAUGGGAAAAAUAUAUACAAGAAUUAUCUGAAGUCGAUGUAACAUCGAAUAAUGCAACAGCAUUACUACGUAAUGUCCAAUGGAAUAUAAAUGAAAUGAUGAAACAUUUGGAACAUUCAAAACAACAACAUUCAUAUGAUGGUUAUCUGGCUGAAUCGAAUAAUCGUUAUGUACAAAAUUGGUCCAUUUUACAAUGUGCUGUCAUCAUUGCCUGUUCAAUUGUACAGGUUAUUUUCGUUAGAAAAUUAUUCGAAUCUAAUAAUGAAUUUGGAAAAGGAAAAGUUCGAGCUUGAUUAUCGAUUUUUUUUUUUUGAAUUGUUUUCUCUAUUAUUCCGAAAAUUUCAAUUUUUUUCG